AUGGCAGGCAGGCAGAGAAGCAGCAACAGCAGCAGCAGCUGUGGUCCUCCCGCCGCAGCCUUCUCCUCUCUGGAUGAAGCCAAGCAGGGCUCCCCGCUUCGCAUCUGUGCCAAUGCCGGGGGGACGAAAGACCUCGGCAGCCACAGCGCGGUUCUCCCCCAGGACGGACUGCAAAACCUCUGCCGGAACCCCUGUUACCCAGCCUGCCUAACCUGGGCGCUACCAAAUAAUAGCAACCCCAUUUGCCAGGGUUGUAAAGAAGAAGAUUCCAAACUUACUGGGGAAGACAAUUUACUACCUGAAAAAAAGAGUCCUAGCAAGGCCACCCUUAACAAGGAGAUUCCAGAAUUCGUUGUGCAUUGUGGGAUACCAGGAUGCAUCUGGAGGGGUCCACUGAGCAAUUUGGAAGAUCAUCGCCGUAUGUGUGAAUACGUCCUGGUCAAUUAUGGCCAGGCAGCAGUGUGCCAGAUGUUGAUGGAUGUGAAUGCUGGCAAUAAUCCUGAGACCUCGAGGAAUGAACAUCAGAAUCCUUCAGGUCUUGGCCCCAGGGAUGAAGGUUGCCGAUUUUCCAGGAUUGGAUGCUUAUUCAAGGGCAACGCAGGAGAUCAAACUGUUCAUGAGAAGAAUGCUGCAGGAAGACACCUGUUGCUGCUGCUCCAGUACGUCAAACACCUGAAGGGCAAUUCGUCCCCAAGAGGCAGCCUGUCCAACUCACCUUUGAUAGACGCCAAGCUUUGGACGAAGUCUCCUCUCACCUUGAAGAUUCAGGAUCCCGGGGGAGAAAGGUCCUUCUCUGCAUCACCGGUGGGGGAGGGGGAGGUGAGCUGGGUCACCCUCUUGAGAAGAGUGAAGAGGGUCUCCUGGCUGGAGACCAAGCUGCAAGUCUUUGAGAACAUCACGUCUGUGCUGAGCAAGGAGAUGGCUACAUCUCGGCAGAAAAUCCUGGCCUUCCGCGGACAGAGGGGCCUUGACCAAGAUAUGAUUCGUGGCUUAGAACUGAAGUUGGCGGAUCUCCAGCGAUGCCUGGCACAGAAGGACGCCGCUCUCCUCCGGCUGGGGAAGCGACUCGGAGCGUCCAAGCAGGCGUCUUACGACGGCGUCUUCCUUUGGAAAAUCACCGACGUCCACCAGAAAUGCUACGAGGCCAUCUGUGGGAAGAGCCAGGGCUUCCAGUCACCGGCGUUUUACACUUCCCGAUAUGGUUACAAACUGUGCAUGAGGAUCUACCUGAAUGGAGAAGGCCGAGGCAGGGGGACCCACAUCUCGCUCUUCAUCCUGCUUCUCAAAGGGGACUAUGACGCCCUGCUGCCCUGGCCUUUCACACACAAGAUUACCUUCAUGUUGCUCAGCCAGGACCACGGAGACCAUGUAGUCACCUCUCUCCAGCCGGAUCCUACCUCUGCCUCCUUUCAGAGGCCAGAGGCUGACCUGAACGAGGCCAGUGGCUUUGCCAGGUUCCUUCCUUUGGCCAAGUUGCAGUCCUCGAAAUACGCCUAUCUGAAAGAAGGCACCUUGUUCCUCAAAUGCAUCGUGGACACCAGUUCGUGAAGCCUCGCCUUUCCGGGGUGAGGGCAUUAAUCAAAGACUGUGAGAUGCCCUGAAAAUAUUUCAGGUGACUGGAUGAUGGCUGACAGGGCUUUGCAAUACGGCUGGUUUCGCUCUGCAAAAGAGCUAAUCUAGCCCUCCAAUGAUAAGAUUUGGCCCUUCAAAAGGGCUGAUUUGGCCCUGCAGCGAAAACGGAUUUGGCUCCGUCCUGGAGCUGAGUUGUGUGUGUGCCAUUUCCUUGUCUCCAACUCCGUUCCUUGUCUAGUCCAAGUCCAAAGUGGAGGGACAUUCAUCUCUUGUGUCAUGUUUAAAAGCUCUUUUCCGUUCUUUGCCAAAGUUCCAAACUGGCACAGUAAG